AUGUCUUCCCCAAUCUUCAGUGGCUGCUUCAAUUAUACUGAUACCCUUCGUAAGCAGUAUAUCAUUGAGGCCCUUAGGCCUAGUUUUGACUGGGCCGAAGAUGUUGAGGAGGCGCUCGAGCAGCAGUAUGAGCGUUUGAAAUCUACCCACAGCACCGCCUCGAGUGCUAGGGUGGGCAAUAGAUCUGAAACACUGGGCGAUACUGAUACCCCCAUCUCUUCUCAGCUAGGAACUGACAGCUCCCGGGCUAGGGGACAAAAUUGUCUAACGCGAUAUCGACACGGGAGCAAAGGUCGCCAUGGAAAAGGGAAAGAGGUAGAGCCAGCCUCGGAACCAUGUAGACCUACUGUGAGCACUUCACUCCAUGUCAGGGAAGAUCAUGAGAACGACCUAUAUUAUAGCUAUGACUACAACGAGGAGAUUGCACAGAUGCAGACUGAACUUGACGAAGAGUUUAUAUUUCGCAAUGAUUGUAUGGCACAUGACGAACAAAGACUUAUACACCAUUUCAACUGGUUCGGUCACCCGAUGUACGAACCCAGUGGGACGCCUCCAGCGAUCUCCCUUCUUUUCCAACUGGCAGACCCAAAGAUGCCCAAGCCCAGAGACGAGCUUCGCAUUCAGUCUAUCUUUGCGAGGGCCUUCAUGUUCAUCGACCCAGUUCUUGUUGAACUUGAGAAUGGCCUGCAGGAUCUGGACCGAGAAGGCUUCGAUCUUGUUCGAUGGGCUACUGGCCGCGUUUCCAAAUUCUAUACCUUACAUGGCCGAUGGAAGGAAGAUUGGUUUGAAUGGGAUGAAUGCAGGUCUCCAGAUUCGGGAUUUCUCGAACUGUAUCAAAGUAGAUCUCUGGCCUGUGGCAACGGCUUCAUUAGCCUUUGCAACAUACGAUCAAGGCAGCAGUGGGCAUCUCACAAGGCUCAGCUUCAAGAGCAAUAUGACAAAGCUUGCCGAUUCGCAGCACAGAAUUUCUAUAAAAAGAGACAAUGCAGGACCUAUAAACCUUCUUUGCUGAGACAGUCCAUGAACCUGAGAGAUUUGGAAUGGGCUGCGGGUGAGACAUCUGCUUUAUAUCGCAGGGGGUUUAUGCUAAUUGGUGACAAUAAAGACGAUCAGAUAGAGACGAUCAGCGAUAGCUCAAUCCAUGAGGAAGAGCACGAUACGCUCUCCGAGGCCUUUCUUGAUGAUAGCGACGAAGAAAGUUGCGAUGUGCGAUGUAGAGAAACGGAUGCUAACGACUUUAGGAAAGGAACGCAACAAACAAAGACCCAGCGUUUCGAAAUCCAUACUACAGCUGAUCAGGUUGCUGACACUGACACUAUAGACGUUAUAGAGACCUACGAAGACUGGCCGGGUUUUAUCACAUCCCAGCAUGCAACAGAUUCAACCGACACCUGGGAAGCCCUCAGCAGGACGCCAGGCGGCGGUCGAAAAAAGGCCUCUCUUAAGAAGACCCGCCUUGAAUGUUGGAAGUACAACCUAAGUUCCUGGAAACUGGGAUUGAAGAUAAAGAUUUCCGAACGCCGUCGGAUAUUAUACACCAAGGCUCAGAAUGCGUUCGGACCAAAGGAGUUCACGCGUUACUGA